UUAGGGUGGGGUCGAGUAUUAAAUACUUAGGGCUCCACAUUGAUCAGUUAUGGGACUUUAAAGGUCACGUCCACAAGCUGGCCCCCAGGUUGGAUGCGACAGCGAACGCGUUGUCUCGCGUUAUGCCCAACCUGGGAGGCCCGAGUGGCCGCACGAGGAGACUCUAUGCUCACGUUGCCCACUCGACCGCUCUCUACGGGGCCCCGAUCUGGGCCGAUAAGAUUGGGGCAGAUAGGAGGUCUUUGGCCGUGCUCCGCAGGGUGCAGCGGAGGAUGGCUAUUCGUGUAACGAGAGGUUACAGGACGGUGUCGCACGCGGCGGCAACGCUCCUCGCGGGGAUGCCCCCGAUUGAUUUAAUCGCGCGGGCGUACACCGACGCCUACAAGCGUAUCGCCGAAUUGAAGGCGCAGGGGGUCCCCAUCACUGGGAGGGCGAGGAGACUAAUUAAUCUCGAGGCGAGAAGAGAAGCCAGGGGAGAGUGGGAGGUCCGACUCGCGGACCCUGACUGUCCAGGCCAGCGCACGAUCAGCGCCAUUCUUCCGUGUAUGGAGGCCUGGCUAGAGAGGUCCUGGGCGAGGGCCUCGUUCAGAACGACACAGGUACUCACCGGGCAUGGGUGCUUCGGUGAGUACCUGUGUCGAAUAGGCCGUGAGCCGAAUCCGGCUUGUCACCACUGUGAGGGGGACCUGGAUACGGCCCAGCACACACUGGGCGUUUGUCCGGCGUGGGACGAGCAGCGUCAAGCUCUCAGGGACCGGAUCGGCGCGGACUUGUCGCUCCCUGCUGUUGUGGGCGCAAUAGUGGAGCGGGAGGACGCUUGGGAGGCGUUCGCAAACUAUUGUGAGCGGGUAAUGCGCGCUAAAGAAAAGGCUGAACGCGUGAGGAGAGGUGAGAACGUGCCCCCGGGCGCGCAGGAUAGAGGAGGCGGAGGACCACGGCGCGGGCGCAGAAGACGCGGGAUUGCCGCUCAUCGGCGGCCGUGGUAGGGAGGGGAUAAACCUCGCUGGGGAAUCCCACCCUUACUUUCGCUACAAAGAGGAGCUACACCGGCAUACAGCUGAUGAACUCUGUCAUCGAGGAGGAAGCCUUCAUCAGGGAAAAGGGGAAGAGCUGGAGAAUGUAGGAUCGCCAUACAAGUGAGGCGAUUGGACGGGA